AUGAAGUCUGCUUUCGUGUUUUUCAUUCAACUUUCUCUCUUGAUAUGUGCUCAAUGUGUUAGGAACCGACAUGACUUUAUUACAAAACUCCUAGAAGUCGAACAUUCUAGAAAAACGUACGUAAGCGAAGAGCUGAUAGCUGAGGAUUUGCACAUACACACGAGCAGCCAACUCGGAUUGAAGGAGGCUGACAAGAUUUUGAAGUUACCAGGACAGCCAAGAAAACCCUAUUUUAAUCAGUAUUCUGGGUACGUGACGGUUGAUCCACAACAUGGUCGAGCUCUAUUUUAUUAUUUUGCCGAGUCAUCAGACAAAUCUUCUGAAAAGCCUCUCGUCUUGUGGCUUAACGGAGGACCUGGAUGUUCUUCAAUCGGAAGUGGAGCGAUGAUGGAACUUGGACCAUUUCGAGUCAACAAAGAUCGUAAAACUUUAUCAACAAACGAUUAUUCUUGGAAUAAAGUGGCUAAUAUACUCUUCUUAGAAUCGCCGGCCGGAGUCGGAUUUUCAUACUCAAAUAAAUCCUCCGAUUAUACCACCGGAGAUACAAAAACUGCAAUUGAUUCAUACACGUUUCUCGUCAAUUGGUUGGAGAGGUUCCCGGAAUACAAAACCAGAGACUUUUACAUCACCGGAGAAAGUUACGCCGGCCAUUACAUACCUCAACUCGCCGAAUUAAUCCUUAAAAGCAACAACAACACCAAUCGUACCUUCAUCAACCUCAAAGGGAUCUCCAUUGGAAAUGCAUACAUCGAUGAUGAAACUCAAAAUACGGGAACACACGAUUUCUUGUGGUUUCGAUCGCUGAUUCCUGAUGAGAUCCAUGAAGGAAUAGUCGCGAAUUGCGAUUAUUCAUGGAAUUCAAGUUUAUCUAAAGCCUGUAAAUCUUACCUACAACAAGAAGGUCUUGCUCAGGGAAACAUCUUCGUUUACAACAUCUACGCUCCCUUGUGCUCGAACGUAUCUUCUUCCCAGACGGAUGGGUUUGAUCCGUGCACUGAUGCCUACAUCCAAGAUUACUUGAACAUCCCUGAGGUCCAAAAAUCGCUUCACGCAAAUCUCACCGGACUUCCUGGAAUUUGGGAAGAUUGCAGUGACAGCGUGUUCUAUGAUUGGCAAGACCAGCCGUUCACCGUCUUACCAAACAUUAAAAGGCUCAUGGCCACCGGCCUUCGUAUUUGGCUCUACAGUGGAGACAUCGAUAGCAGUGUGGCCGUGACAACAACUAAAUACGCGAUAAAGAAACUCAACACGACGAUCAAGACACCAUGGUAUCCUUGGGACAUGGACGGAGAGGUUGGCGGAUACGUGGUGGGUUAUGAGAACUUGACAUUUGUGACCAUUAGAGGAGCUGGGCAUUUCGUACCAAGUUACCAACCUGCUCGGGGACUCGCUCUUAUUUCAUCGUUUCUUCUUGGAAAGCUCCCGCAACCGCUGGGUAGUAAUGCUUAGAAUUUCCUAUUUUGCAAUUGUAGCCAUGAUCUGUAUCGUUCGAUUGAUGGGGGGUUUCUUGAUGUUUUGUUGAAUGUAGUUUGUUUUCUCGAAGGAAAUUGCAAUGUUUGCAUCGAUUAUUAAAUGGCUUUCGUUUUUUAUCCAUCAGAUUAUGAUUCU